AUGCCGGCCGAACGCACUCGGCCGGACAGGAAGGGAAUUGGCUUCGCUCGGCCUUCUCUAGGACCGAUCCGGCCGCACGACCGCACCGUCCGACCCGGGAGGAAAUGGACCACGAUCGACCGAGAUCAUCACAUCACGGCUGACCCCGACGGCCGACCACAUGCCUUGCACGGUCGACCCGAUGUCCGCGAACAAGAAGCCCACUUAUGCAGUUUUGACAAUUCUCAGCCCAAUUAA